AUGUCAGAACUUCAAGGCUCCAAUUCGGAAGGUGGUUCUUCGCCUAAGCGAGGCCCCUGGAGCUUGCUGCGCGAGAAUCCCUUCAUCGUUGGACUAUCAGCGUUUGCUAGUCUCGGUGGCUUUCUAUUCGGCUACGACCAAGGUGUAGUUUCCGGCGUGCUUACUAUGGAAUCUUUCGCCGCCACGUUCCCACGCAUCAACAUCGACAGCGGCUUCAAGGCCGAUUGGAUCGGCAGGAAAGGCUCUAUGCUGCUAGCUGUCGUUAUUUUCACUAUUGGAUCUGUCUUUCAGACUGCUGCCAACGAUGUUCCACUCCUAUUUGCAGGCCGUGCUAUUGCGGGAUUCGCCGUUGGCAUGUUGACCAUGAUUGUCCCCAUGUACAUCUCCGAACUAUCUAUGCCCGAAAUCCGAGGAACACUAGUAGUCAUGCAACAACUUAGUAUCACUCUUGGUAUUCUUGUCAGCUACUGGCUCGAGUACGCAACCCAGUACAUCGGCGGCACUCGCUGCGCUCCAGAUAUCCCCUAUUCAGGUGGCACUACCAACCUCCCCAAAUUCGAUCCUCGUUACGAUGUCGGCCCGGGCGGCUGCACCGGACAAUCCGAUAUUUCGUGGCGCAUUCCCUUCGGUCUACAGAUUCUGCCUGCUCUCGUGCUGGGUAUCGGCAUGCUAUUCUUUCCCGAGUCUCCUCGGUUCUAUCUUCUACGCCGCAAAGAAGACAAGGCACUCGCCGCCCUGGCCAAGAUUCGACGAGUGCAUCCCGACACUGCCUCACUACGUAACGAAUACCUUGGCAUCAAGGCAGAGGUUCUGUUCGAAGAGGCUCUCAACCGCGAAAGGUAUCCCGGCAAGACAGGUAUUCCUCUAUUCAUAGCACAACAUGUCGCCCUCAUUUCGACCUGGCCUGCCUUCAAGCGCCUGGCUAUCGGCUGCUGCGUCGCCUUCUUGCAACAAUUUAUGGGGUGCAACGCGAUUAUAUACUACGCACCGACGAUGUUUUCCCAGUUGGGUUUGUCGGGCAAAACGUCAGGUUUGCUCGCGACCGGCGUAUAUGGCAUUGUGAACACUUUAUCAACUCUCCCAGCUCUCUUUCUUAUCGAUAGAGUGGGCAGGCGCCCUCUGCUUCUCUGCGGAGCUGCUGGUACGUUCAUCUCGUUGGUCGUCGUUGGCGGCAUCAUUGGCGGUUUCGGAGAGUCACUCAGAACGAACAAGUCAGCCGGGUGGGCUGGCAUCGCCUUCAUCUACAUUUACGACAUAAACUUCUCGUACUCGUUCGCUCCUAUCGGUUGGGUUCUUCCCUCUGAGAUUUUCAACCUUGGAAACCGUUCGAAAGCCAUGGCAAUUACAACAAGCGCGACCUGGAUGUCCAACUUCGUCAUUGGACUGGUGACUCCGGACAUGUUGCAGACCAUUGGAUACGGCACCUACCUCUUUUUCGCCGGCUUCUGCGCCAUUGCCUUCUUCUUCACGCUUUUUCUCAUUCCGGAGACGCGCGGCAAGAGCCUCGAAGACAUGGACCUGGUGUUCGGAGACACGGCUGCACAUGACGAAAAGAUGAGAUUGGUGGAGAUAGCAGCCUCCAUGGGCCUCACUGAUGUUUUGUCGGAUGAAAAGAUUGACGAUGUUGCAACGAAGGUUGAACACCACGCUUGA